CAAACGGAAGCAAGGAGCUACUCUCGAGUCCGCAGGGGAUAGUGGCACUGUCCGCGAUGAGGAGCUGAUUCGCCGUGAGAUGUUGUCCGCCGCAAAGCGUCUCUACGGCCGAUACUUCGACAUCAGCGACAGUAACGCCGACAUUCUUGUCCACCGGUUCUACCUCGAUUUCGCCCCCGGUGUUCCUAUCCGCGAAGCCGCCCGCAAACGCAUCCUCGAGUUGAAACGGAAUUGGCAACGCAAGAUUAUCCGCGCCAUUCGAGAUCACGUCCAGAGCGAAGUGCUACGUCAGCCCAACCUGCUCCAUUGGAGCGAAGACAAGGUUGAGGCGCACUUCCACAGUGCAUACGAUUUGGAAGCGAUGGAAACGAAGAUUCUUAAACCCAUCAGUAAAGUCGUUGACGUCAAGGCGAUCUUUCGCGGCAAGCUCGCUUCCUUAUACGUGGCCUGGUACAUCCAUGUGUGCCGGCUUAUCCUCAAGGAGAUAGCCCCGUAUCUCAGAUCAAAUGACCCCGAUAUGCGUAAGCGUAUUAGGGGCCACAGGCAUACGGAGGAGGUCUACCACGCGUUCCGUACGAUUGCGCUUCAGAACACCUAUGAAGAAGUUCGCGUUGAGGACGUACCGAUCAAGGCUCCUCGCGGUAACGGUGGAGAACGCAACAACAGAAUAAAGACGGCGUAGAUGCUGAAGACGACAACAGGUUUGCUGAGUGAAGGUUCAAGUGACGGCACGUUUGGGGUUUUCUCGCGGAAUUUUUGCGUGGGAUUUCAGUCUUUUAGGAGUAUCUUGAGCUUGAUAAUGAGGCUCCAAUUGUGUACAACGGGUAUUUGUUUUUGUGCAAUUUCAAACGCUCGAGAAUUUUCUCGUCUCGGACUUUCCGAAGAAUAUGAAGCUACGGCCUAGUUAUGGGGUCACAAUCUCUAGAUCCGACGUGUUUGUUACGUAUUCGGGAAAGUCAGAAUCCUUUUGAGGGAGAAUAACAAUGAUUAGUCGGCCGCUAUGAAUCUCAGAUUCGUGCGGGUGACGUCGGUUUAAGGUUCUG